AUGUCGUACCACUCUGUACGCAUCUCCCCCUUACCUCCAGAGAAUGUGUCAGGGGAACAACCAGCUACCCCAGAACAACGAUCGUCCCCUUCCCCGCCGAAAUCAUCACACAAAGACCCGAAAUCGUCGCUAAGUCGCGCCGUCCAGAACUUGCUCAGCACCCCGCAGUCUGCAAGGGGUGCGGGCACUGUCAGCGGGGUUGUCAUAUCUUCACGAGACCGUGGCACUCGCAGUCCAGUCGAACCUCUCAUUUCAUCUCCACUACGUAUUAGCUCAUCCGCAAUGGCGUCUGCUCCAAGCUCCCCCGAAAGACAUAGGGCGGACCCUGACGAUCCGCCCCGGAGAUUAUCCGACCAAUUUACAAGAGAGAUGGACCGACGUCCUUCAACGGCACCAGCUGGAGGACAGGAGGAGGAGUUGAGACCGGUGACCGCUCCGGCUAGUCAGGAACACGCAGUGUCCAAGAAACAUAAACCGCAAGGCCGGAGUGCGAUGGCUGCAAUGAUGUCGGGUUUGGAAUCUCGGUUGUUUCCUAAGAGUUUUACUCGUGGGCGAGAUUCGAGCCGCGGAUCCAGUCGGCGUGGCUCGUCCGCGGACUCUAGGUCUCCCUCAGCAGGCUCAAGGUUGGAUAGAUCUAUCUCCCCGGGCACCCGGGUCUCACAGCUCGGCGAGUCCGGGACGGCCGCAGAAGGGAAGUCGACGGAGAUUAAUUACGACUCGGUGCACAGCAAAUCAGAGGAGGCUUUGUCAAAGUUAUCUGGAAGUCCUCGUCUCCCGGACUAUAUCAAGCCGACCGAGGAGGAGUCUGGCGAGCGUCUGGCGAAGGAUGUCUUUGACAGCGACAAAAAUCUCAUUGAAAGCAGUGAGGAAGACGAUGACGUUUCAAGCGAUGAUGAGAACAUUCCUGGUGUACAGGUGGUCCACUCGCGAGGCCGCAAGAAGAAUCCCACAGACAUCAGCUCCAUCAGUCCCAGUGACUUCAAGCCGAAGGACAAGUCCCAAGCUACGGAAGCGCAAACACCGAGCUCCAAACCCGGCGAUACCAGGGGAAAGAAGCCUAGGAAAUCGGCAUUGAAGGCGGUGAUUCAUCCCCAGACAAGUUUCGACAUCCCAACCCCAGCUACACAAUCAGUGGCUGGCACGCCUUACGGAUCAGAGGAUGAAGCAGAACGAGAUGAAAUUCACCGUGCGCAGCAACUUGGCAUUUCAUUGUCUGCCAUUGACAACCGUGUUCCCAAUCGGUCUAUUCGCACGAUCAUUCGUGGUGACUUUGCGAGCCUUCAGGAAGAGGCCGACGGUGGGCGCCGUCGACAACGGAAAUACUUGGUUGCUACCGAUCUGAGUGAAGAAUCAGUUUAUGCUCUAGAAUGGACCAUUGGAGCCGUUCUGCGAGAUGGAGACACCAUGUAUGCGCUGUACGCAAUGCAUGAAGAUGCCAAUACCUCUUCUGUGCAGGUUGGUGAGGGAGCCAAGGCCAUGCAAGAUGCUGCUGCUGUCGUGGGGAGCCAGACAAAGGAAGCCACCCAGAACUCUGGGCGAUAUAUUCUGGGUCGCCUCGGUCCAGGAACUACUAGCAAAUCGAGCUCUGUCGAUGCUCGUGCAUCGUCGCUUGCAGAAGCGGAGCGGGUCAAAGCAGUCGAAACAGUUUCUAACACGUGUGUGAAACUGCUGCGGAAGACACUUUUGCAAGUUCGCAUCGCGGUGGAGGUGAUUCACUGUAAAAGUCCCAAGCUUAUGAUCACUGAAGCCAUUGACGAGCUUGAGCCUACUCUUGCCAUUGUUGGCGCCCGAGGCCAGAGCGCCCUGAAGGGUGUACUUCUUGGUUCAUUCUCAAAUUACCUACUCUCCAACUCAUCUUCUCCUGUCAUGGUUGCCCGCCGCAAGCUCAAGCGACACCCUUCCAAGGGUAGACUUAGCAAGGACCUGCGUUUAAGCAACAAUCUCAAAACCCCAAAAAGCCUCACGCAAGCCAAGGUGGACUGAGCAUG